CUGAUCUUGUGAUCAGUCAGCUGACUGUUCAGUUUAUAAACGUUCAACAGCGACUUCGCUUCAUCCAUCAUGGUUGCACUACUGGAGAUAGGAGCUCUGUUGCUCCUGGUUACUGCUUGCCAGGGGCGAUAUAAGCAAGAGACGGAUCUUCCUAACAUUAUAAAUUCUGAAUACGGAUCUCUAUGGCCUCUUCCACAAAGGGUGCAGAUAUUCUCCGUGGCAUUUAGUCUAAGCAGGAAUCGUUUUCAAAUAGUCCAUUCGCAGGAGUCUUCGGCUGGUCCCAACUGCGACCUUCUGCAAAAUGCGUUCCGCAGAUAUUUUGAGUACAUGUUUGGGUUCACUAAGAAACUGGGAGAGUACAGGAGCGGACUGGCAUCGGAGGUGACUGAACUACAGGUGUUGAUCACAUCGGUGGAUUCCGAAUGUGACACACAUCCAAGUGUAACAUCUGAUGAGUCAUAUGAACUCACGGUAGACCAGCCCACUGCUGUACUGAAGGCCAAAAAGGUGUGGGGAGCCCUCAGAGGACUUGAGACUUUCAGCCAGUUGGUGUAUGAAGAUGACUAUGGAGCUAGGAGCAUUAACAAGACUGCCAUAGUGGACUUCCCCAGGUUUGCCCACAGAGGCAUUUUACUGGACACCUCUCGUCACUUUCUGCCCAUAAAAGUCAUUCUGGCUAAUCUGGAAGCCAUGGCAAUGAACAAGUACAAUGUCUUCCAUUGGCAUAUAGUAGAUGACCACUCCUUCCCAUACCAGAGUCCAUCCUUUCCGGACCUCAGUCAAAAGGGGGCCUACCACCCAUAUACACACAUUUACACACCCUCAGAUGUGAAGAUGGUGAUUGAAUUUGCGCGGACAAGAGGGAUUAGGGUGGUCUCUGAGUUCGACACUCCCGGGCACACACAGUCAUGGGGGAAAGGUCAGAUGGGGCUCCUGACUCCAUGCUAUGCUGGGGACAGUCCCACGGGAACUUUUGGGCCCGUCAACCCCAUCCUGAACACGACCUAUGAAUUCAUGAGUCAGUUCUUCAAGGAGGUUAGCGCCGUUUUCCCCGACGCUUAUGUUCACUUGGGUGGAGAUGAAGUGGACUUCACCUGCUGGAAAUCCAACCCUGACAUUAAGAAAUUCAUGGAUGAACAAGGGUUUGGUACGGACUACAGCAAGCUUGAAUCUUACUACAUCCAGAAGAUACUGGAUAUUGUUGCUGCAACCAGCAAGGGCUACAUGGUUUGGCAGGAAGUAUUUGACAAUAAAGUGAAGAUCAAUCCUGACACACUGGUUCAGGUGUGGAAAGGAAAUGCGCAGCAGUACCAGAAGGAGAUGGCUGCAGUCACAGCAGCGGGCUUCCAAACCCUACUUUCCAGCCCCUGGUACCUCAACCGCAUCUCCUAUGGGCAGGACUGGCAGCAGAUUUACAAGGCUGACCCCCACAACUUUAAUGGAACCGAGGAACAGAAGAAAAAGGUUGUUGGUGGAGAGGCCUGUUUGUGGGGAGAAUUUGUGGAUGCCACAAACCUCACACCCAGACUUUGGCCCCGAGCAAGCGCUGUAGCAGAACGGCUGUGGAGUGACCAAUCCGUGACCAACAUCGACGACGCCUACAGUCGCCUCAUCCAGCACCGCUGCCGGAUGGUCCAGCGAGGGAUCCCGGCUCAGCCCCUGUACGUAGGGCACUGCGAUCACGAGUACAAAGGCCUCUGAUGGCCUCUUACCGCUGGAGCCCGGGGAACACGGCAGCACUACUGUGAAGACAAAAAUCAACUCUGCACUAAUGUUUUUAAACCUUUUUCUCAACGGGAGAUCAGCUGCCUGCAUUAAACAAGCUUGCGCAUUCGCCGAUAAAAUGCAAAUCAUAAAAGGAAAUUUUCAGUCAUGCGACAUACAUCCUUCGUGUACACAGAUUUAUUUUUGAGAAACCUUUUUAUAAGCGUUUGAUUGAUUUUCAAAAAAUAAAA